AUGGAAUUUGACAGUUCCACAAAAGACCAUCCGACUCAUAAAGGCAUUAUCAGUGUGCAUCGACACGCAUAUCUGUAUAUAUUGGGAGCUGAUGAACUCGAAAUAAAAACUGAUGUCAAGUCAAGUCUCCAAGUCUCCUUACAAUUCAGUUAUGCGAUAAUGGAUACUGGAAGAGAUGUACAAACCAGUCCAGAUCAUAAUAUUAUCACAGAUCUUGAAUACUGA